AUGUACCUUGGGGUGAAACCUCCCGACUUCAAUAAUCAAUUCUUAUUCACUAUGCAAGGAGCAUUCAGUUCUGCCCAACAAUUGUAUCCAGAUAUCGGUGCCUCUGCGGCCGCAGUGUCGUUUCCUUUUGUUCUUGCGUUAAACAGAGUUCUCGACCACGAGGGCCUCGUCCACACGGAAGGUUUCAUCACUGCCGCUGGUCCAUCCUUCCAUGGCAAUGAUGUACGACGAAUUCUCGUUUGGGUAUAG